AUGGAGGUGUUCGACGACGUGCACUUCGUGCGGCUCCGGUGCCGGGUGCGGCGGACCAAGUACCUGGCGGCGGACGACGACGGGCACGGCGUGUGCCUGUCCAGCCAGCGCGGCGCGCACAACACGGUGUGGGCGGUGCAGCACAUGGAGGGCGCGGUGGAGGGCGCCGAGGGCGGGCCCUUCGUCCUCCUCCGCGGCGCCUACGGCCGCUACCUCUUCGCCACGGACGUGCAGGCCAACACCGGGCCCGGCCACGGCGUCCAGGCAUCGCAGCAGCCCCGGCCGCACCCGAACACGCCGAGGUGCAUGCUCUGGCAGGCCAUCCGGCGGGAGCCCUCCUUCAUCAUCCGCAACGCCGGGGGCCGGUACCUCCGCGCCAACGGCAAGUACCUCCGGUGGCGCACGGCGGCCACCGUUGCCGGAGACGACGGCAGCGCCAUGAUGCAGUGGGACGUCCAGGCCGUGCCCCUUCGCCUGGACCGCCCCACCCUCAUCGAUCCACCGCCACAGCUGAUGCGGAGGCGGCGCCGCCCGCCGACGGAGGAGGACGUGUCGCGGCAGAUCCGGUACAUCCGCGCCGGCGUGGACGGGGACAUCGAUGAGACGGGGUGGCGGACGGUGCGGAUCAGCACCAACAGCCUCAUGCAGCUGCGGCUGACGCUGGCCAACCUGCUGGGCCAGAACCGGUCGGCGCUCCACACCACGCUCUGCGUCCGCGCCGGCGCCUACGCCGACCUCUCCCCUCUCCUCAUCGACCUGCCCAUCGGCAACGACCGCCUCGACAUCGUCGUCAUCACCCACGGCACACCAGUGGACAACUCGUUGCUGUACCCAAACGUCAAUGCGCGGAAUUGA